AUGCCUUCCCUCUCCGCCGGCAUCUCCUCCCUGAACGCGGGCUACAUAUCCACGACGCAACAAAACCGCACCUCGCCCUACAUGCCCGGCGGCGAGCCACGACCAGGCAAUAGUCCUUCAAUGUCAGACAAGGCGGUGGCGGCCCGCAAGGCGCGGUUGGAGCAGUUUGACCGGGAGGUGGCGGAGGCGAGGGAGAGGAGGGAGGAACGGGAGAGGGAGAAGAAAGGAGGUUCGAAGAAGAUGGACGAGAGGGAGGGGGAUGAGAAAGCGAAGGGGCAAGUAGUAGAAGUUGAUUGUGGUGGUGAUGAGAAGGAACAUGGAGGUUUCCGUCAAGGUCUGAAGGACAAGAUUUUUGGGCGGAGGGAGUGA